UAUAUAUCUAAAUCACUUAAGAUGAAUUCAAGUUAUGAACAUGACAAUACAUGUUUUACUCAGUAUAUUAAAGAUAUAACCCCGAACCAAAUGAAGUAGCCUGUUAAAGCAUGACAAUGAUGGCCACACUGAUGGAGGAAAAGUGGGAGAGGAACCCAAAAGAGCUAGCUUUAAUGGCGGUGUUCUAUAUAGCCGCCUUUGUGGCUCUCAAAUACGAAAGGAGGGAUAAACCGCCAGCCAAACUGAGGAGCGCCAAGCUUAUCUAUAAUACCUUUAUGAGCAUAUUCUCCUUUUACGUGUUCUACGGAGUGUGCCGAGCGUUAGUUAACAACUACAUCAACUCUAAAAGUGAAGUGAACCCCUUUAAGUGCGAUGAUAAUUUGGAACUGUUCAAUGGAAUGGAGUGGUACUUCAAGAUAUUUUACUUCAGCAAGUUUGUAGAGUACAUAGACACCUUCUUCCUUGUGAUGGCAGGAGUAGCGAACCCGGGUAUGAAGAUGACGCUCCAUCUUUACCAUCACACCAUCACCCCCACCAUCGUGUUCACUACUUGGUUCUAUCCUUGUAAUGGUGGCUGGUGUGGACCUCUUACUAACAGCCUCGUUCAUGUCAUCAUGUACGCAUACUAUGGUAUAUCAGUGGUGUUCCCCAACAUCAAGAAGUACGGCAACCUAGUAACUUACGUCCAGCUCACCCAGUUUGUGGGUGUAAUACUCUAUCACGUGUUCUCCAUUUUCCCUAACUGCUGGGACUGUAAUUGCGACAGAAGACAGCUCCUCUUCAACUUCUCCCAAUAUCUCAUCUUCCUCUUCCUCUUCAUCUUCUUCCUUACAUCUAAAAACAGAAGCAAGAAGAUGAACGAAUCGAUUACCACCAAAAGUGGUGAAAAACGGGAAGUGAAACAAGAAUAAAGAUUUUACAUUUUUAGUGUAUAUUGGGAAGUAUCUUUGUCAGAUGAGCCUAAGAAAUGUAAUUAGUGAUGACUAAUUAGGUGAAAUAGUGAUUAGUCGAUUACUUGAUUGAUUAAAGUAUAUUAAUUGUAUAUCGGGCUUCAAAGUUGAUCUUGGUCCCAAGUGAUAUUUUGAUAGUGUCUAGAUGAUAACUGGGCGUUUUAUUCCCUUAUCGAUAAAAUUGAUGAUUUUAAAGAUAAUAUUCUGAUGCGAUCUUAAUUAUUGCAAAUCUAUUGUAAUUAUUAUAUCUAUUAUGUGCUGAUUAAAGCACUAUGAUCCCUCCUGAUAUUGAGUGUAAUUCAUUUAAUUUAAUUUGAUUCUUGUUAAUUCCUAUAAAUUUAUUGUUGUAAGCCUUUCCUUUUGUAAAACUUGUUAACUCAUUUUUUGUAUUCCCUUUUUCUAUUGUUGCUGAAUUAUAGAGUAAGCUGUUGACAUUUAAUUUGUCACAUCUUUUUGACAUUUAGAAACCAGCUAGUUAUUGAUGUUGAAUUAUUGUUAAAGUAAUUGUUAAAAUGCUGAUAUAUAUCCACUAUCCAGAUAUAUAUCUAUUUAUGCUGACUUGAACUGGAAAUAGAGAAAUCUAUGCUAAGUCUAUCAAUGUAUGUCAUAAGUGACAUGUAAUGUGGAUAUGUAAUAUGUAAAGGAAGACUGAAAGCAAAUUUUGAACCAUGAUAUUUAAAUAAUAUUAACGAAUAAAUAUUAUGAGACGGAUAAUAUGUAAGUAAGCUUUUUGAAUUUUUCCGUAAAUUACCUUUAUGAUCUACCGACUACCGUACGAUCUCUAUACAAAUCAAUUUUACAAUCUACUAGAUAAGGCAAUGUUUCCGCCUUAGAUUUACUAUUAGUAAUGAAAUGUGGUUCUAUUACUUGUCCGGGUAUAUAUAUUAGUAAGUAUACUUACUACUACAUUAGCAUGUAAGAUUUAGGCUUAGAAUUAGAGUUUAGAUUAGGGUUUCAAAUUUGGUAUUAGGCUUUAAAAUGGGCGGUUGGCUGUACACUGUACAGUCGAACCUCUAUAUGACUUACUGACUUACUGUUAAGGCGGGUAGUGUUCCCGAGAAUCUUUAAACAAGCUCAGGCACCGCGAUAUACAGUCCCUCUAUAUAGAAGUAUAUGGAGGGAUGUAACCAAUCCAAUACCGUCUUUCUACCCUCCUUGCUCCGAACUCUUGUAAUAGUGAGUUGAGUAUUGUUGAAGUAUAUUAUAUACUCUUAUAUAUAAGAGUAUUACGAUUGCUAUUAAGUGUUAGGCUGCCUACUCGGUGGGGGCGACCUGACCAGCUUGAUGUUAAAAUGUUACCGGAUACUGAGGUGAAGGUAUCGCCAUUCUGGGGAGUCAGGUCGGAAAAUUAUUAGCGUUCAGCAAUCAGCGUGCAUAAAAAUUUACAGAUUCGUAAUAGUGUGGCAGGAGAGUCGUUAUGGUGUGGUAAUAGUGUGGCUGAGUCGUAAUGGUUUGGUAGGAGGUUUUGGGGGUGUCGUGAGCUUUUUAUCGUACAGGUAUCGGAAUUGUAACCAUGGUAACACCUGGUAACUAUUGUAACACAUGUGUGCGAAUUAUUUUUGUAACUUUGAUUGUAACUUAAAUUGCGUGAUUCUGUAAAUAGUGCGUAUGCUUUAGAGUGAAUUUAUGACGGUAACUUUUUGUAUUGUUUUUGUUUAUUCAGGGAUAUUUUUAUGUUUAUGAUAUGUAUGAUACAUCCGUGUUCCCAUCAAGGUAACCGUGGAACUAGAUCUGUAGGGUUGAUUUGCGAAUGUUAGCAGCAAGUACUGUGUUAAAUAUAAUGACGUUAAUAGCAUUGAAACUGUUGUAAUUGGUAUAUAUCCAAUAAGUACUAUCACAAUAUGA